AGCGUGCGCACUGAGUCGGCUGCAGUUCCCGUCUCACGUUCGAGAGCACGUGCUCACACGAGCCAACCCCGGGACUGGCACCUACGGUCCGCCACCAUCCCGGAGUGCACCGCGGCGGAGGGAGCGCAGUCGGCGGCCAUGUUGGGAUAGUUUGUUGUUUUCUUCCUGCGGAGGAGAAGAGGCCGGUGUGGACAACGAACCGCCCCGGCCUCUCCUCUCUCCUCCCCCUCCCACCCUGCCCGGGUCCACGGGUCGUCCCUUUCCCACCUAUCACCCUCCCCUCGGCCUGUGAUCAGGCCUGUUCUCCCCGCCAGCUGGUUUGGUGGGGGCGAGGCCGAGAGCCGAGCUCGGGAGUCACCAUGGCGGCUGCCCUGGGUUCGGGCGGAGGAGCGGGAACUGGAGCUGGAGAUGAUGACUUUGAUCAGUUUGAUAAGCCUGGUGCAGAACGGUCUUGGAGAAGAAGAACUGGGGAUGAUGACUGGGACAGUGAACUUGAAGAUGAUUUGCUUGGAGAAGAUUUGCUGUCUGGCAAAAAGAAUCAGUCAGACUUGUCAGAUGAAGAACUAAAUGAUGAUCUUUUGCAAAGUGAUAAUGAAGAUGAACUAAAUUUCAGUUCUCAGGGUGUCACAAUUAGUCUUAAUCCUAAAUCUGGCAUGGUUACAUCAUUUGAACUCUCCGACAAUACUAACGAUCAAUCUGUAGAACAUGAAUCGGAAUAUGAACAAGGAGAGGAUGAAAUGAUUUAUCACAAAUCUGAUGGAUCUGAAUUAUACCCUCAAGACUAUACUGAAGAGGAACAAUAUGAAGGCCAUGAUGCUGAGUUGACAGAAGACCAAAUAGAAUAUGUGGAAGAACAGGGGGAGGAAGAAAUUGACAAUGAUGAAGUGCUAGACAUUGAAAUCAAUGAACCUCUAGAUGAAUUUCCAGAUGAAGAAUACAUGCAGUCUUAUGGUGGGCCGCAAGGAAUGCAAGAGCAAGACUAUGUGGCUGAAGAUGAAUUAGAGGAGAUGGCUGAUUCCCAAGCCGCUCCUGAAUCUGAAGAGGGAGCUAUUGAAACUCUGGAACUCCAAAAGGAAAUUAAAGAGGAAUCUGAUGAAGAGGAGGAAGAUGAUGAAGAGUCUGGAAGACAGCGUUUCAAAACUGAACGAAAAGAAGGAACAGUUAUUAGACUCUCAGAUGUACCGAGAGAGAGAAGAAACAUUCCAGAAACUUUGGAACUUUCAGCUGAAGCCAAAGCAGCAUUGCUUGAAUUUGAAGAAAGGGAACGACAGCAUAAACAGGGACGCUAUGGUUCCAGACGAGGAGGAAGGAGAGGAGGCUCUCUAAUGUGUCGUGGAAUGGGAGAGCAAAGAAGAGAUAACAGUGAAAGGGGAAGAAUAAAAGAUCAUAGGCCUGGCCUUCUACCUACACAGCCUCCUGUAGUGACUCACUCACCGAGGUUAAUUCCACCACCUCAGCCACAACCACAACCACAACCACAACCUCCACCUCCACCACCUCCACCUCCGCCUCCUCAACAGCAACCCAUUAGAAGUCUAUUCCAGCAACAACAGCUACAGCCUCUGCUUCCCUUACAGCAUCCACACCAUCCUUCUCCUCCUCAAGGAAUGCAUAUGCCACCCCAAAUGGAAACACCCAGAAUAAUGAUGACCCCACCACCAGUGACCCCUCAACAACCGAAGAACAUACAUAUAAAUCCACAUUUCAAAGGAACAGUAGUGACCCCUGUGCAAGUGCCCUUGUUACCAGUACCCAGCCAGCCCAGACCUGCUGUAGGACCCCAGAGAUUCCCAGUUCCUCCAGAAUUUCCACAGCAUACUCCUGGGCCUGUUCCUACCAAUUUCAACCAGCCCCCACGGCUUCCUCUCCAGGACCAAUGGAGAGCCCCACCACCUCCUCAGGACAGAGACCAUUUCUUCUUAGGAGUUUCAGGAGAACCAAGGUUCCCGAGCCAUCCUUUGUUUGAACAACGAAGUCCCCCUCCACCACCACCGCCUCCCACGAUUCUUAAUAGCAGUCAUCCUGUUCCUACCCAGAAUCCCUUGCCUUUUACUCAGCCUGGACCAGCAUUUAAUCAGCAAGGACAACAACCAGUAUUUCCCAGAGAAAGGCCUGUAAGACCAAAUAUACAGCCUCCCGGUCCAGUGGGGAUCCUUCAUUUCAACCAACCAGGCUCCACAAAUACACGGCCUUUCAUUCCUCCUAGACAACCAUUCUUACCUGGCCCGGGACAGCCAUUUCUUCCAACACACACGCAGCCUAACAUGCAGGGACCCUUGCACCCUCCAUUACCACCACCACAUCAACCUCAGCCUCAGCCUCAGCAGCAGCAACAGCCCCAACAUCAACAACAACAGCCCCAGCAUCAACCACAACAUCAUCAGCAUCAGCCCCAACACCAGCCUCCACUUCAGCCCCAACAUCAACCUCCUCACCAACCUCCACAUCAGCCUCCACCCCAGCAUCAGCCUCCACACCAGCCCCAACAUCAGCCCCAGCACCAACCUCAGCACCAACCACCACACCAGCCUCAGCACCAACCUCAGCAGCAUCAGCCUCAGCAUCAGCAUCACCAUCACCUUUCUGUCCCACCACCACCUCUGAUGCCCAUGUCUCAGCCACCAUUUAGACCUCACAUGCAGACUUCUCAGCCUCAGCAAAAUAACAGUAGAAUGCAGUGCCCUCAGCGACAGGGUCCAAGACAUAGUGCAGCUUCACAGAAUGUUGUCAAGCGGCCAAUUCAGCAAAUGCAGCCAACUGCUCCAAGAAAUAGCAAUUUGCGUGAAUUACCAAUAGCACCAUCGCAUGUUAUAGAAAUGAGUAACAACCGAUGCUCCUCCACACCUGCAGCACAAGUGAAACCAAUUACAAGCACCCAGUCCUCUGCAAGAUCUGUUGUGGGUGUCAGGACCUCACAGGGAAAGACUGAAAUGAAAGUUAAGCCAGUUAGCCCUGUGGUUCAAGCCAAAGUAGAAGUAAAAUCUGAACCAGAGUUUCCUGAUGAAGAUGAAGAAACCAGGUUGUAUCGCUUAAAGAUAGAAGAACAGAAACGUUUAAGAGAAGAAAUUUUGAAACAAAAGGAGCUACGACGGCAGCAGCAGGCUGGUGCUAGAAAGAGGGAAUUACUUGAAAGACUUGCACAACAGCAACAGCAGCCUUAUACCCCACAGCCCCCAGUACAGCAGGAGGAACAAACGUCACUCUCACCCACUAAUGGGAAUCCACUGCUACCUUAUCCUGGUGCACAAGUUAGACAAAAUGUAAAAAAUAGACUUCUUGUAAAAAAGCAAGACAUCACUAUUACAAAUGUUCAGCCCAAAACUUCAAAUUUUGUACAAGCUGGUGCUAAUUUACAAUACCAAGGACAACCAAUGAAACCAAUGAAACAGUUGAGACAGAAUAGAACAGUACCUCAAACUCAGCUCCAGCCAUCUCACAAAGUACUUCAAACAAAGCCUCCUGACAUGGAUGAAUUGCCAACCCCAACACAGACUACUAGAGUGGCAUCAAUACAAGGCCAGCCCCAGGAAAUGAAACCUGGAGUGAAAAGGACUGUCAUGCAGCGGGCGAACAGUGGUAGUGGAGAUGGGCCACAUGUCAGCUCCAAAGUCAGGGUGAUUAAGUUGUCAGGAGGGCAGGGGGGAGAGAAUGUUGGCUUUUUUCACCCAGAGGGUCAGCCCCAAAGACUUCCUCAGUCUCCAGAACUAAGACAGCAUCCUGUUCGGAAAGUCACACUGACAAAGGGAACAACACUUCAUCAACAACAGCAGUCUCCAGUUGCAGCUCAUGUACACUCAACUGUUCCUCCAGGAGUUAAAAAUGUCCAAGGAAGUCACCCAGCAAAGAAGGUCAUUAUGCAUGGGAGAGGCAGAGGAGUAGCAGGCCAGAUGGGCCGGGGACGCUUGAUGCCAAAUAAACAGAACCUGCGCGUGGUGGAGUGCAAACCUCAGCCCUGUAUUGUGUCAGUUGAAGGGCUUUCUUCAUCAACUACUGAUGUCCAACUGAAAAACCUGCUGAUGUCAGUAGGACCCAUUCAGAGUUUACAGAUGCUUCCCCAGCAACGGAAAGCCAUCGCGAAGUUUAAGGAGCCAGCACACGCUUUAGCAUUUCAGCAGAAGUUCCACAGGCAUAUGAUAGAUUUGUCCCACAUAAAUGUGGCACUGAUUGUUGAAUGAUUUCCACUAAGAGUAACCGACCCUUAUGCUAUAGAAACUACUGUGGAAUUUUCCCAAGGAGAGGCGAUGGGAGCAGUCACAUCGGGAGCCAAGAACUUGGCAGUCUACAAUCUUGCUUAACUGUGGUCUGGAGCUGCCAAAAGCACGAUGGAUGCCAAGAAAAGCCGAACUUAGAGGACCCAGAAGCCAAUAGGAGUUUGGUGUCCACUUGCUCCCUGUCCUGUCAUAGCCACAAGGAACUAUAGUUUUGGUUUUUUCAUAUUUUUUUUCGUUGUUUUUUUUUUCAUUUUUUUAAGUGCUUACGAUGCAUGUAGACUUUGUUCUUCAAAAUCAGACUGUGCGAUCACAGUGACUUGGAUUGAAGAAAGAACAUUAACAUGUCCCCCAUCCUAAAGAUAUUUUUUACUAGCAAAGAAUAUUUGAUAAUGGUUGCUCUUAUCUUCAGUGUAGAAUAGAAAAUAAUUUUCUUUAAUACACAUUUGAUUCUUCUUAGACCUCAGAAGGUGCAUGUCAACUCUAGAUCAAAAAUUGGGGGGAUCGAUCUGGUAUUUGCGUAGCCUUAAAGGGCUUUGAGGUGUUGGGUCGGGAGUUCUACCCGUGGAAGAGACAGGUUCUCUUUCAUGUAGAUAACUCAAAACCCAGCCUUGCAUUCUCUGUUCCUAGUAGAAUCUUUCUCACCCCAUUCUCAAUCCUAGAGUUAAAUAGGCUUAAAAAAGAAUCAUUUUAAAACUUCAUUUGCUGGCCCCAAACUGGCUCUUUACUAGGACUCUCCACUUCUUUUGUAAGUUUGAACACUGUGGGGGAAUAACACUGCUAGUCACUAUUGUGAUUAUUAUCAUAUCUUUUGGGGAAGGUCUUGGCAUGCAUUGCCAUUAAUUAGAUUUAACAGCAAAGACCAUUUUCGUGGGCAGUGUAAUCCACACAAAGAUAACCAAAUUAGUGAUUAUUGUGUGGCGUACCUAACACCUCCCAGGCUGUGGUUCCCCCCACUCAGAUUUCUUUUAUUAAAUAAUUUGGGUCUGUUUCCUUUUGAUGAGAAAUUUACUUUUUCUCCCCCCCCCCCCCCCCAAAAAAAGGAGCAAGCUCUGUUCAGGUUAAUUUUGGCUAAACCUUGAGAAAGUGCCUUAGUUCCAUCUUUGCUCCCAUAUUUUGUGAAAGAUAUUUAUUAUUUGGGAUAAAUAUUAUAGCGGGGACCUAAACUCUUAGAGCAGAUAGUCUGAGGGGCUUUUGAAUUAGAUUUUAUACUUAACUAAAAUCACAUUUGUAGGUCUAUCACAUAAGAGAAGUAGAAACUCCGUGUAUUUGAGUACGUUCACAAGAUACCUGGCAAAAGGGUCAAACUGUGUAGAAUCUCCCAAACGUGAGUGAUUCUUUCUGCCUUGUAUCCUUUUUUAGAGGAGAAAAAAGCUCACACAGUCUUUGUCACGUUUUCUCACAGUAUAGAUUUUGUAUUUCCUUUCAAAUUAAGUUACCAAAUAAAUUUUUUUGAAAGCUAAAUCCUGAGAUUAUGAUAUUUUAGACCUUGAUGAGUCUUUCAAUAAAGCUGAUUCUGAAAGAACAUCAUGUUAUGUUUAGGUCUGGGAAGUAGUCUUAACUUUUCAUUUCUUAAUGACGGCUUGUCUAAAAAUUUACAUCCCAGCCUCGAGAGUCCCUAACCCAGAUGGCAUCCUAGGAGUAGAAUUUCUCCCUCAAAAGGGAAUUUAGUAUUUAGUUCACUGCCUCUGCUACUAAUGUGGGUCCCGUUUAGUUUGAUCAGCUAAGAUGCUCCGAAUCCUAGCCCUGGCAGGGGUCCGUAAAAGUCCUGAUUUUUUUUUGCUGCUUUUACCAUAAUUUUUCCACGUGAAAGACCAGGCGUGGGGCCUUACUCCACCCGGAACAAGCUGUCGAUUCCCAUCUCAGUCACAUCUUUCUCCAAACGGAUGCUCAAUAACACUAAAGAGAGCCCGAGCCCAUUAGCCCAAUGCCCAGAGAGCUACGUAAAAGGAAUAUGUUUAGGUAGGAGCAACUUAAAAACUUGCAGUCCACUCACGUUAAGCCUGGGCUGGCUUAUAUUUUAUCAAGCUUUAUUUUGAUGGGAACAAGAGGUUGAGUUGGGGAUUUGGUGAGCCCCUGGCCUCAGUGAAAAAUCAGUGUUGAUGUUUCCUGAUAAUUGAAAAAAAAAUGUUUUUUUCCUUGCUUACUUGGCCUUGAAAUAAAAAAUCUGGACAUUGCCUCCCCAAGUCAGUAAGUAGCUUAUAAGCAGGCUUUUUUUAGUCACCAAUGAAAAUAAAACUGAAAAGGGAACAUACUGACAGAUUUCCUAGUUGUUUUCAAGUCUGCUUUUUUCAUUAUCUGGGUAUUUUAGGUAUGGGCAGAUGAUCACGCACAUCUCCAUAAAUGAGCUGUUUUUUGUUGUUGGUUUUUUAAAUAUGAUUUUCUCCCAAAAUAAAGUCAUUAAUAGAAUAAAUCUGGGUCUUUAUUGAAAUGUUUGUUAGGAUCACUACCCAACCAAAUGCAGAUGAGUUCUCCUGGCAUAGAGCAAGAUGAAAGGUUCAGUUCCGAGUGGUGGUUUCUCCCCCAAAAGCAAAGGAGAAGGGAAAACCAAAUUAGCAAGCGAUGUAAGUUUUCAUUUUUGGAGUGUAUCUAGCGUUUUAAGUCAACUCCCCUAAACGUCACCCUCUUGGAAGAUCUGUAGCAACCAUUAUCUUUGUUCUUUUCUUUAUCAUGCAUUUAAAGGGAGAUGCAGAAUGCAAGCCACUGCAUCUAACUACUCUGUAAAUAUGGACCCUUUAAAAUUAAAAUGUGAUUCAAGAUGGAUAUUAUUCAGCAACCUCUUAGCUAUUUGUUAGUUUUUUGUGUUGUCAUAUCAAAGUUGAAUGGAUACCGUUCCAUAAAUGUGGAUGUGUUUUUUGUGUGUAUCUUCGAUUUUUAUAAAGACGGUAGUAAGUCAAUACUUUUAUCCUGACCUGUGUAUUAUUUGUUCACAAAAUCCAGAAGCUUAAAACCAACUAGGAAUUAAUACCGCUAUAUCUCAUUCGGUCAAUACAGUAGGUGAUUAUGUGGAACCAAUUUUCUCCCCCUUUUCUUUUGGUAUUGCCUUGUUUUUGGUCUUGUGCUGUUCCUUACCUCUAAUAAGCAAACCUGUCCAAUAGCUUUGGUUUGACCUUGUGCUCUGGGAAAUUCUUCCUUUGGGGUUUGGGGGAGGGGACCACUAUUUUUUUUUUCCUCUGAAAGAAACUUUGCAACAUUUUCCCCUUGGUGCACAAACCAUUUAUGAAGUUCAUAGGUAAACUGGAUUUUAUUGGGUUGAACCAUUUAUGCACACAAGAAUGGGGAAGAUGGUUCUUGUUAUGUUGUGAGGGGUUUUUUUUUGCGUGUGUGUGAAGCCCAGAUGGAAAGUCAUUUCAUUCUGAGACUCUAUAAUAGGUCGUCAUCCUACUGGUCAUGGUGCUCAACCUUUUUUUUUCUUUUUUUCUUUUUCUUUUUUAAAGACAUUGAGUUUUGAUGAUAAGAACAGAAAGUGUUAGUAUUUAAGACACUGGGGAACGUGCAUAAAGAGGGGAUAGGGAGUAGGAGAAAGAAAUCUCACAGAAUUCUGUGAAAUGCUAAAUCAGGUAUUUAGAAUAAAAGGUUUUUAAAAAGCCAGCUUUAGAAAACAGGUUCCUGAGAACACCCAAAGAAAUUGAGAAAUCUUUACGGACUGGUAUUUUAAGGUAACAAACAGAAAUGGAAUGAAUGUACUCAAUUCUUGUCCCAAUUAGCACGCCACCAUGUAGAGGGCUCCAGCUGACUAAUUGGAUCCCCCCACGUGUCAGGGUUUCUAACAGAAUUAUUUAAUGAAGUGCUUACACUUUGGGCCCAGGUUGGAUUAUAAACAAGGUUUCAAGCCCAGAGCUCUUCUGUUUCCCAGAAGGGUUGUCUUACCAAGGUCAGGUUUCAGAGUUUGUUUUCCAUCUCACUUUGGUUUGCUUUGUUUUGUUUUUUUGUUGUUCUGUUGUUUGUUGGUUUGUUUGUUUGUUUUGUUGAAUUGGAAGGUAAGCUCACCAUGUUCACCGAUGCUUCGGCAUAGAUGGGGCAUUGUCAUCUUUGUGGCAUUGGGGGAAACAAGACUGCAUUUUUUUUCUGUCUGAAGCACUUUCUUUUCUAUGCUUUUGAGUAUAUUAGAAACCUCUUUAGCUUUAUUUAUGGCUAGUUUUCUGAGCCCAUUCUUCACCCUUACCCAUUCCCAUUCCCAACUCCAUGCAUUCCACUACAUGUUAAUAAGAAAUAGGCCAAUUGAUUUUUGUGUAUUAAAAGUAACAAGUAAGUGUCAUAAUUUUUGAUCCUUGAUAUCUCCUCCACAGUAGUUUUUGCAUUAUCUCUUCCAGUAGCCUAGUGUUUCUUUUCUCUGCUUUUUCUACUUAGAGGAUUCCGUUCUGGCUUUCAGAUACUCACUUUUAGAUUAAACUCUUGCUUUAAUUCUUCAAAGCAGAAUUAAAAAAAUUUUUUUUCUUGCAAUAGAAAACUUGAGGGUGUUUUGGGUACUUAAAAAAAAUCAACAACUCUGAAUAAAGUGGUUCAAAAUAACUUCCAGGGGUAGGAGGAUGGGAUAAGGAAGGGGAAAUGGGACCAGAGAUACAAUAUAAGGACAGAACACCAAUCAAAGUACAAAUAGUACAGCUGCUUUUAGGGGAAAACUCUCCAGUGUGACCUCAACUUUUUUUUUUUAAUGUGAAUGAAAUGUUAUCUUGAACAUUUUUUAAUAUGAAUUUGCCAAAGGUAUCUAACCUUAAUUCAGUAUUAAAUCCUAAGGAUUUUCUGUAAGGUAUUUUGUAACCUAUUUAAUUUUUAAUCUUAAAUGUGACUAACACGUAUUAGUUACAUAUAAACCCAUGGUAUUGUGUAAAAACAAAACAAAAACACUGAUUCAUAUUGGAUCCUCAUGUAUACCAACUUCUUAGGGUAUAAUAUGGUUGGGAAGGAUCAUCUGUUUCACUUAGCUUUUUUGUAGAGAAUGUUUUAGGGUAUCCACUCAACAUUUCUCUGCUCUUGUUUUGGGUGAGAAGUAUUUUAUGCUCUGAGCACAGGCACCAGAGCUUUCUGUUUGAGGAUUUAAAUUUUCCUUUCACAUCUGACCAGAUGAAAUGGAAAGGGGUCAUUGAGUCAUUUUGAUUUGGUUUGAUGAUAUUAAUUUUAGCAAGUUGGGUAGAGAAUAAAGUAACCUCUGAAAAAUGUGAUGGGCCCAUUUAAGCUCAGUAACAAUAUUGGAGGAGAAAUCAUGAUGUAGAUUUCAAAUUGAAUAUGUUCAAUAAGCCCAGCUUUUUAAAAGUCAUUUGAUAGGCUUUUUUUUUUUAAUAAAAGGUAGUUUUUAAUUUAAAAAAAUUAUAAGGUAUAUUUUUGUGAUCAGAUUUCACUUUCUUUACAGAAUUUUGUCAGGUAGAUACUUUAAUAGUUUCUUAAAGAUACAUAUAUACAUAUAUAUAAUUUAGUUUGGAGGAUAGGGAUAAUUGAUGUUUAGAGGUUUUGUUUGUUUUGUCUUUUUAUAUGAAAUAAAAUAGCAACUUGCAUUAAUAAUUCAGCUUUGCUUUUCACAGGUGUGGGAUCCAGAAUUUUUAAUCCCCAUUUCCCCCCACCCCCACCCUUUAGGAUUUUUGCUUCUAGAAUUAUAACUCCCCUACUUCAUUUGCAGGUACACCAAAGAGAAGGCAAGAAUUCUGGCUUAUUCCCACUUGUUUUUACUUUUUCCAUUCUGGACUUCUCUGUAAUCAUCUUUGCUAUUUCACUAACAUUCAUUGGGUGAGCUUGACAAGUCUCCUCCUUUUUCAUGUUUCUCCCUUUCUUGGCCGCCAUCUUUCCCUUUCUUUGCUGAAACUGGCCAUUCUGUUAGCCCCUCACUCCAUUCUGAAAUGACUUGGGUGCAUUUCACUUUCAUCAGGCCUCACUAUCAUAGUCCUUCCCCUCAUCUGUCCGCCUCUGCCUGCUUCACAUUCACCCUGCAUUCUUGCUUCUUUUCAGUUACAAAUCAUUUUUCCCUACCACCCAGGUCUCUCCACCCUUGAUUUGAACAAAAAUGAUGCUCUUAAUUUUGAUGUGCCGUAUUGAAGUGUAUUCAUCUAAACCUAUUGCUUUGACAGGUUUCCACUCUUAAUUGAUUUCUCUAGGUCACCGAGUAGAGGGGAUAACGGCUCAAUUCUCUUAUUUUGCAGUGUUGCCUUUUUUCUAUAGGGUUGUGCAUUGGUCCCUUAGCAGGGACCUUGUUGUCUGAGGUUUAACAAUGAAGAUGUAAUGACUCACCCAUUUUCUUUGUUUUUAUUUCUUCUCCUUUUGUAGGAGCUCUGGUUCUUGUUGAGUUCAGGAUAGGAUUAGUGCGCCAUAUUGUUGCCACUGGAUGUGAUGGUUGUUUGACCUUACUCUAUUACUUUCACUGACUGUGAUCCUUCCUAACCUGUAAUGUCUGUACACUGUACAUGCUGUAUUUGGGUAGAUGGGACCAUGUACGUCAGAGGUACCGUUCCGAUAUGGACUAUGAAGCUUAUGUUUUGGGGAAGGGCGUGCAUUGAAAGUUUACAAAUAAAGAGACCAGUUUGUCAUGACCCUGACUCUCUCCUCUGGGUUCCUCCAUUUUGUAUUUUCUCCCAAACAAAGUCUACGGAAAUAAAUGAUGUCUUCCCUUGAGAAAAAUUAUGUUGCCUUUUUAAACUGUGUUUUCCACCUUGCAUUAGCCAUUGUACCAAUUUUAUCAAGGAAUACAUGUAAAGAGUAACAGUGGCAGCGUUGAUCAUGUACAGCCAUGUAUCAUUUGUGAUUUCAUAAUGAAAACUGUGUAUAAUGGAAUAUAUUGUAACUUGAUGGGCAUGUAAAUAAAAUGUUCAUUUUUCCACUUUGAAA